GUUGGAUAUACAGUGGAUUGUGGCUGGGAUUUUUUGACGCCGUAUGUUUUUCUUAAAAUAUCCGUUUUCAUAUAUCGUUGGGGUUCAUCAACCGCGCGCGAUCGGCGCCGUAACAGGCAGUGGAAAUGAUGAACUCCAGUGUCGACCUGUCCCGGAGGAAUCCGCAGGAGGAUUUCGAGCUGAUCCAGCGGAUAGGAAGUGGCACAUACGGAGAUGUGUACAAGGCUCGUAAUGUAAACACUGGAGAGUUGGCUGCUAUCAAAGUCAUCAAACUGGAACCGGGUGAGGACUUUGCCGUCGUUCAGCAGGAGAUCAUAAUGAUGAAGGACUGUAAACACUCCAACAUCGUAGCCUAUUUUGGCAGUUAUCUCCGGAGAGAUAAGUUGUGGAUCAGUAUGGAGUACUGUGGGGGAGGUUCUCUGCAAGAUAUCUAUCAUGUAACUGGACCUUUGUCAGAGUCACAGAUAGCCUACAUGUCACGGGAGACCCUGCAGGGUUUAUACUACCUACACAAUAAAGGAAAAAUGCACAGAGACAUUAAGGGUGCCAACAUCCUCCUGACAGAUAAUGGAUAUGUCAAAUUAGCUGAUUUUGGUGUAUCGGCUCAGAUCACGGCAACUCUUGCUAAAAGGAAAUCAUUCAUUGGAACACCGUACUGGAUGGCUCCAGAGGUGGCAGCAGUGGAGAGGAAAGGUGGCUACAACCAGCUGUGUGACAUCUGGGCAGUGGGCAUCACUGCCAUAGAGCUGGCAGAGCUGCAGCCACCCAUGUUUGACCUGCACCCCAUGAGGGCUCUGUUCUUAAUGACGAAAAGCAACUUCCAGCCUCCCAAAUUGAAAGACAAACUCAAGUGGACAAAUAAUUUCCACCACUUUGUCAAAUUAUCUCUGACCAAGAACCCAAAGAAGAGGCCCACAGCUGAGAAAAUGCUGCAGCAUCCAUUUGUGUCCCAGCCUCUCAGCAGGACGCUGGCAAUCGAACUGCUGGACAAAUCCAACAACCCCGACCACAGCACAUACAACGACUUCGACGACGACGACCCUGAACCCGAGUCUCCGGUCUCUGUUCCUCACCGCAUCCGUUCCACCAGCAGGAGCACAAGAGAAGGAAAGACGCUCUCCGAGAUUAACUUUGGUCAGGUUAAGUUUGAUCCUCCUAUGAGAAAGGAAACGGAGCCUCAUCAUGAGCCGUGUGAUUCUGAGCCCUAUCUGGACUGUGUUGAGGAGCUCUACUAUACCGCGAGAUCUAAUCUGACUGCCUGCCUUUUUCCCUCAAAAGAUUUGCAGCUGGAAUAUGGACAGGACUCUCCAAGUCUGCUGGGAGGAAACAAGAGCCUUCUCAAAUCUGUGGAGGAGGAACUUCAGCAGAGGGGCCAUGUGGCACACUUAGGGGAUGAUGAGGAUGAGGAUGAUGAUGGUGCAGAUGAUGAUGAAACUCACACUCAUAAAUCGAGCACUAUCAUGAGGCCUAAGGUUCCUCCCCCCCUCCCUCCCAAGCCCAAGUCCAUCUGCUCGUCCCCAAUGCAGCCGCAACUAAAGCAAGACGACAGCCAAUCGCACAGCGAGGAUGACGGUGGCGGAGGCGGGACCAUCAAGCGCUGUCCGGUCCCAGAGGUGCCGAGCCCGGCGAAGCCCUCCAAUGUCCCCCCAAGGCCUCCACCUCCGAAGCUGCCGCCCCACCGGCGCAGUAGCCUAGGUAACGACAGCCCGAACCGCAAAGACGUGGAAAACUCUGCCCCAGAGGAUGAUGGGAGCUUUAGGCAUUUCUGGGAGUGGCUCCACACGCCUCACACAGAGGAGGAGCUGGAGGAGGCGUGGGAGGUGCUGAAGGAGGUGAAAGAGGAGCAGGAACAGGAAGAGAGUAACGGCCUGAACGCCUCUCACAACGGUGAGAGGGACAGUCCGGCAGAGAGGCAGUCCACCAUGCCCCCUAGUGUCCCCAUACGGAAAGACAAGAAGGAUGUUGUUCCGAAGCCUAUCAGCAAUGGUCUGCCACCAACCCCCAAAGUCCACAUGGGUGCAUGUUUCUCCAAGGUGUUCAACGGCUGUCCACUAAAGGUCCACUGUGCCACUUCGUGGAUCAAUCCUGACACCAGAGAUCAAUAUUUAAUAUUUGGAGCUGAAGAGGGAAUCUACACGUUAAAUCUCAAUGAGCUGCAUGAGACAACAAUGGAACAGCUCUUUCCCAGGCGGUGUACGUGGCUCUAUGUCAUGAACAACUGUCUUCUCUCCAUAUCGGGAAAAGCCUCCCAGCUGUAUUCCCAUAACCUGAGUGGUCUCUUUGAACAAGCCCGACAGUUGCAGAAGUUACCAGUAGCCAUUCCCACACACAAGCUGCCUGAUAAGAUUAUUCCAAGGAAGUUUGCUGUGUCCAAUAAAAUUCCAGACACUAAAGGGUGCCAAAAGUGCUGCGUAGUCCGUAACCCGUACACGGGCCAUAAAUACCUGUGUGGAGCCUUCCAGUCUAGUGUCAUGCUGUUGGAGUGGGUGGAGUCCAUGCAGAGGUUCAUGCUCAUCAAGAACAUCGACUUCCCGUUGCCAUGUCCGUUGGAGGUGUUUGAGAUGCUGGUGGUGCCGGAGCACACCUACCCCCUGAUCUGUGUGGCGGUCAGCAAAGGAACCGAACUUAACCAGGUGGUCCGGUUUGGCACCGUUAACCCCAACACUACCUCCUCCUGGUUCACAGAAGCAGACACACCACAGACCUGCGUCAUCCACGUCACACAGCUGGAGAGAGAUACUAUCCUUGUCUGCCUUGACAGGUGUAUAAAGAUAGUGAACCUCCAGGGACGCUUGAAAUCCAGCCGCAAGUUGUCAGCAGAGCUCACCUUCAACUUCCAGAUAGAGGCCAUAGUUUGCCUCCAAGAUAGCGUACUGGCUUUCUGGCGGCAUGGCAUGCAGGGGCGGAGUUUCAAGACCAAUGAGAUCACGCAGGAGAUCUCUGACAGCACGCGCAUCUUCAGACUACUGGGAUCAGACAGACGUGCGGACACUAGACACCCAGAGGCCGGGGACAAUGGCCUCGCUCUGACCAGGGUGGUGGUGCUGGAGAGCCGGCCUACAGACAACCCAACGGCCAACAGCAACCUCUACAUCCUGGCGGGUCAUGAAAACAGCUACUGAAACUCUCACACACACACCCCCCCUACACACACACACACACACACACACACGCGUAACUACAGUCUCUGAGCACCUCAUGGCUAUUACAGAUGAGCGAGUAAGCAGCUGGAAGACACAUUCAUCCCAACCCCACCGCUUUUAGCCCACCCAGUCUUCACCUCCUCGUUCGUGGGUGCACAUGUGGAUUUGCAAAGCUGUUUAAGCUCCACCAGAGGUAAUACGUGCACCGGCAUUGGUGCCAGGGGGUCAUGGACGAGUUUCUGGCAGGUUAAGGGUCUGAACUGCUGGUCCGAGGCCAGUUUUGCUUGAUGUAACUGGGAAAACUCUUAUCUGAGACCUGAAACCGUUCCUGAUAGCAUCCCACCUUUCCCUUCAGACUGCAUACUGGAAGAAAAGAAAACACAACCAGCAAGGCAAACCAGUCAACACUCCCGCUACUACUAGUUCUACACGUACUACUACUGCUGCUUUAACUAAAACGCGACAUGCACAGUAAAAACCCGCCCUUUCUCCCCUUCCUCUCCCAUUCUUUUUUUAACUAUCCUUUUAUUUAUGAUGUAACUUUAAGAACCAGGAUGGCUUCGCUGAUAUAUUUGUUGCUUAUUUUUAAAAAGGAAAAAGGAUUUAAAAAAAAAAACAAGUGAAACCAGACUAAAAAGCUUCGCCACUUUCGCUAGCAUUGAAUUCCAGUACCCGUCACUACACCACACAAGUGCUUAAUCGACCUCUCUAUUUAAUUGUUGUAAAUAUAAAUGUAGUAUUUUUGUCCGACAAGAGACAAACGCUAAAAGAAAAAAAAGAAGAAAAAAAAAAAGCCGUCUGGUCGUGUAGAUAAGUGUGUGAAUAGUUUCUCUGUAAACCCUGGAGACAAACGGAAGCAGAAGCAGACGUGGAGGAGUCGGAGGACGGUGAAUUCACUGUCAGCGUUGAGGCUCAGGUCUCCUCAGGUGGACAGCUUUAGUAAAACUGACAUUACCUUCUCCCCGCCACGUGUAACGACUCCCACUGAGCAAACACAGGAGGAGACGCCGCUUGGUCGUUUUCAUUCUGCACGCAUCGCCGUCAUCACUUCCUGCUCGUUUGCACCAUCGCAGCUGCUGUCAGGGCAGCACACAUCUGUUCAUUUCUUUGUUCCUCUUCAUUUGACAUCACCCUUGUAGGUCUUUUUUUUUAUGCUUUUCAUUUAUGUUUUUUAAAUCAGAAAUACUUGUUCCUUCAUGCUUUUUUUUAUUUGUAUUGAACCACUGGUGUUAAAUUUGCACAGAGAACAAUGUAUUUCAUAAACAAAUGUGAUGUCAUUAUAAUAUAUGACCUGGUGUGUGUGCACAGUGUGUGAGCGUGGGUGUGUGUGCGUUUAGGCGUAGCGUCCGCACAUCCGGCCUAUAACAAGUAACACUCCUGUUUCAGGAUGAAGCCAAAACAAACGUGAAUCUGCACAGAGAUCAUUUAAAUUGAUCGAUAUACAUUUGCCCCUCGUUGUUCUAGCGGUACCUUUUAAGUAAAGGUGUAAAUGCAACUUCUGUUUCACUAAAUAGGGAAAUAUUAAAUUGGAAAUGCUUUGAAUCAUGGGAGAAAACUCUAGGAAGUACAAUUAACGCUGUGAAUUUUUUUAAAUUCUUUAAAAAGAGAGACAUACUCUCAUCAGAUUUUAGCAGAUAAAACAUGUUUUAAAAAAAAAAUUGACACUACAUCUAACAUGUUCAAAGCAGAGUUGAAGCUUUUUAACUAAAUAUUUUCGUGCAACCCUUCCCACCCGCAGUUUAUACUUUUUGUUUUAAUAAUUUUAGUUUAGUUGUGAGGUUUUUUUUUUUGUUUUUAUUUUUUUAAGACCAAUAUCUGUCAAAACGAUCAAACUACAUUUAUGUAAAUACACACCGUGGUGCGUGUAGGUGCGCGUGUGGCAGUACACUACCAGUCUUUACAAGCUGUGACUCAAGUUGCUAAUAAAACACUAGUUUAGCUGAAAAAGCUCCCAGGUUGUACGUUUUGCCUUUUAGCUGUCUCGCUUUCCAAAAAUGUCUUUCUGCGUCCAAACUCUUUAUAAAUGUGCGCACAUUAGUUAAAGUUACGUGAAAGAAAACGAAGUCAAACGAAGCACACCCGUCACUUCCUUAGAGCGCCGCUGUCACGUGACUGCAGGCGUCCGUAGAUACAGGCACGAGUGCUAGUUCAGCAUGUGGGAACCAAAUUAGGGGAAAGUACAGACGCACUGAAGGCCAAAUAUUGUGCUUCUGCUGCCAUUUAGUGGUUGUUUCUUUCCUCCAUCGGUGUUUCUAGCAGCCAGCCAAAAUCCAUCCAACAUGUACUUAUUAUUUACUAACGAGGCUACCUUUAAAGUCAAUUCUAAAUGUCCCCAUGGAUAAACGUAUGGUUGUUAAAAAGACACCGUCGGAGAGCUGGUGGAUUUAAAAACAGCAGCAAUCUUGUCUAAUGUGACGUGUAGUUUCCUCCCGCUGAAGCUGACAGGGCGGCGUGUCACGGUACUUCUCCUCCGGGCUGCUUUCCUGGGAUUGACUUGCUUAUAAAAGGGACCUCGAGCAUCGCGCCGUUACAGCAAACAGUUUUAUCCUGCAUGUUUUGUGCCCACUUUCUUUAAAACGAGUAAACAUGGACUGUACAAAAACUGACAUCACACGUAGAGAGAAGAUGAAGGCCCAACGUGCUGAACUCUUGAGUUUACGUAUAAGUGAAGCACUUGAGACCUCAGCGACCUCGAUGAUGGAGAACCUGCACAGACGCUUAAAGCUCUCGACGUCAGCUACCUGAAAUGUUUCAUUUAUUCUUGUAUAAAUCAAAAGCAAACGCUUAAAUGCCUUCAGUACAGCUUCGAAAUGCCAGUUAAGUUCAACAUGUGCUUCCUGCCAACACUCAGUAAAGGGUUUUGUCAAGUUUCAGCGACGCGACUAUUUAUGUCCAGUUUGUCCAUUAUCAUUAAUAUAAGCCAAAUUAUUCAUUUCUCGUGUUUAGACUAAUUUCAUUUGACGUCUUCGCCCCCCUGACACUCAACAUUAGGUCGUCGUGUAUGUAUGUGAAAUAUCAACAUUCCUUUAAGUAUAUGUCCAAUUUUACUUUUUUUUGUUAAAUAUAAAUCCUAAAGUAUAUUAUUAAAACUUCUUACUGUACCUGCUCCAAACACUAAAAUAUUUGUCUUUUCAGUGUAUUUAAAAGGAAAGCCAACAGGCAUUACAAACCGAAUCCAAAUCGACUGCGAUUUUUCAUUUAAAAUAAUUUUCCAAUUGUGGUUGUUUCUUUUUUUUUUUUUUUUUUUCUAAUUUGCUUCAAAUUUAUUUUGAUGUUUCAUUUUAGAAAUCCUCGUAGCCACACAUCUUACCACGUGGAUAAUGUUUGUCCACAGUGUAGUCGACUCAAACAUUGAAUUAUGGGAAAACUGUCUAUUUAGCAUAAUAACAAUGUUUAUGUGGGAUUAAAUGAUGCCGUCUUUUAAAUUUUGCCAUCUUAAACGCAGCCUCAGUAACCCUGAAUGCAGGCAUCGACCCGGCACUCCUGUAUGGGUUUAGUUGAAAUCUUAUUAAAAUAAAAUUCUGUGUUGUAUAAAAUCAACUGAACCUGGAUCAGAUAUGGGGUAGAAUACGUUGCUUUCGUCCGGCAGGUGUGUGGUUCUUGGAUUGCCUACCUGGCAUGACAUCGUUGUCUUGGGAUUUCCUGUUCCAAACAUCGUCUGUCUGGUGUGAUCAGCAGAUCGAUGUGUAAGAACUUAGUUAUUUGCCGAAGCGGUUUGAUCCAGGUCACCUACUGAUCUUUUACCAGUGCUCUGUCGCUUGUUGCAUCACCUUUGUCUUGUUUUCAUAAUGCAAUGCAAACGUUAUGAAAUGUAAAUAGUGUAAAAUAAAAAUGGGUUUGUUUUACAUACUGUAUAAUUGCCUAUAUUUUGUUUCAGAAGUGUAACAGAUUUAUGAGAUGACAGGUUAACACAUUAAAAAGAAGGA